UAUCUCAUGUUUUGUCAUAAUAUAAACUCAUUCCUAAUCCAAAACUAAACUCAUCUCUCGCUUCUUGUGAGCAUUAACAAAAGCAACAUGGCCAUUAUUGUCGUUGAUGAUUCUUUCAAGAGACCAGGAACUGUACCUUUCAGCUGGGAGAUCCGACCCGGUGUACCCAAAACCCGACCCGAAAACACACCUCUACUCCAACCUCAUAAUAAACUCUCUCCUCUCCGUUUAAAACCUUUGUCGUCUCACUCUCAGCCGUUUCUCCCGCCGGCGCUUUCUCCUCCGUCUUCUUCUUUCAUCUCCAAGUCCAAGAGCCGUUCUUCGUCUCCCCUCACUCCUUCCUUCUCUGCUCCAUCGAAGCUCAAACCACUGCCACCGUCGCGUUCUGGAUUCAACUCUCUGUCUCCGGGACCUUCUUUCCGCUCUUCCCCGCGUGCUUUCUCGGAGCGGUGGCAGCUAAACCGUCCUAAUCGGGUCAGACCCGGAUCCGAGUCGGAGCCCAGACCCGACUUUGCUUUUGCCGGACUCGGGUGUUUCCCGAAGCCUAAGUUCAGGUUGAGAAAGGACAAGAGCGGUGGUGGUCGGAGAAAAACCGGGUCGAGGUUGGAGCGUGGUUACUGCUCCGAUAUGGAUACGAUGUCUCGGUGGACUGUUUCUAGCCGGAGAUCAGUUUCUCCGAGAUGGGACUCGCCGAAGUCGUCGUUCUCUUCGCUCCAGUUCUCGCCGCGACUCGAAAACGAAGCUGAAUGGGCCGGGUUUGGGCUAUUUUGAAGACAUUUCAAUUAAGUGGGACGAGAUUGGUUCUUUAGCCAUCCGAUUCCGAACCAACAGAAGGAUAAUCAAAUUUGGGCUAAAAUGUAAUAUUCUAAAAUGUAGGGUCCUAAAUCUUAUAUGUCAAUAGAGUUUUCACACCUCAGUAGUUCCAAUUUAUAUUAGAGUGAACGUUCGCAUACUCGUUCAGGUUCGGAUCGAGUAUUUUAGAUUUUCGUGUAUUUUGGUAUAAAGAUAUAGAAACCGUUCGGUUA